GUGGCUGUACCAUACCUCAUGAGUGUACACCAACUCUACAAGCGCUUGGAGACCGUCGGCAAAGGCGCCUACGGCAGCGUCCACAAAGGCAUCGAUCGUGCAGGGAACAUCGUUGCUCUUAAAAUCAUCAAUCUCGAUAUUGAAAGCGAUGAUGUGGGCGACAUUCAACGCGAAGUCGCGCUUCUGACACAAUUACGCGAUGCACCUAAUAUCACCAGAUACUAUGGCUGCCACAUGGAUGGCCCUAGAGUUUGGAUCGUUAUGGAGUUUGCACAGGGAGGCAGCGCUCUGUCUCUCAUGAAAGCUUCUAGGGAUGGGUGCUUGGAGGAGAAGUUUGUGAAUGUCAUCAUCCGGGAGGUCCUAAUUGCCUUGAGCUACCUGCAUAAAGUCCCCGUCAUCCACCGAGAUAUCAAGGCUGCCAAUGUCCUAGUCACGGCUACCGGAAAAGUGAUGAUAUGUGACUUCGGUGUAUCUGCGCUUUUGAGUACGGCUGGGAGCAAGCGAAACACCAUGACUGGCACCCCAUAUUGGAUGGCGCCUGAAGUUGUGCAGAGUGUACCUGCUUACGAUACCAAAGCCGACAUUUGGAGUUUGGGAAUCAUGAUCUACGAGAUGUUCAAAGGCAGUCCCCCGCACUCGAACCUCGAACCUUUCAAAGUGAUGGACCUCAUUCCGCGCGUAAAGCCUCCUAGACUCUCAGACAACGAAGGAUCCAAGGACAUGCGCGACUUCAUGUCGUAUUGUUUGAAAGAGUCCUCUACCGAACGACUCCCAGCGGACGAGCUGCAAAAAACAAAAUGGAUCAAAUCUGUUUCUAAAGUGGGAACCACGGUUUUGACCGAGCUGGUGCGACGAUUAGAGCAAGCUGGGAGGCGUGCAAGUCUCGCCGAGCCGUUGGAAUGGGAGGAGGACGAGUUGAGAGAACAAGAGGGCAGGAUCGAUGAGGACAUCAACCCUUGGGAGUUUGACACCGUUCGUGGUAGCGCUCUGCUCAGUCAAGAUUUCGACGUGCGUCGCCUUCGCGAUAUCGAUGGCGAGAAUGAUCAGAUGCAAGCUACGGUGCGACCUCCAGCAGCGCCCUUACCAUCUUCACUGCGACUUUUGUUCGAAGACGAAACGACCGCACCGACAGAGCAGUUCAGAGUCACGCCAUUCCAAAUUCCUCUGCAACGCGACACACCUAGCCCACCGAAUCACCUGCCAGUUCCGUCAUCAGGAUCUCCGAGUAGAGACAGACCGCUGCUCAAACGCGGCCUUACUGUGGACAACGUGGCUGACGACCUUACUGCCAAAAAAGGCACAUUCGCAUUCCCGCCUCGCAACGUAAAUCGAUCUCGCUCCAAUCUCGCCGAUGAGGAAAUCAUCAAAACAGACGUAAUCGAGGGCUCGGGAGCUAGAAACAGUUAUCGAAGCAAAGGUCCUCCCAAUAUCGAAAUUCCCCCAUCCGAGCAUAUUGCGUUUGACCUUGCGAGCCCUACUCACCACGCUGUCCCUUCUUCGGCUUCUUCGACGGUUUCAAGGCCUGUUAUGAGCCGGAAACGAUCCCAGAGCAACGCAGAUGGUCCGGGGUCGGCAUCAUCGAAGGAAAGAGAUGAGAACCGGCGCGAGUCGCCGAAUCUGUUCCAAUUUCCUCCAUCGCAGAAAGCUGUAUCACCCUCAGUACCGGAUGUGACUGCUCUGCAGCUACCCAAGCCACACAACAGGACAUCCCCGACUCACGCCAGUGCUUCCCCUCUUCCGGUUUCGCCCGUUGCACAUCAGGCCACUCAUUCACUUGACAUCGUUGGGGCGACUCGACGAUUCCCAGCUGCCAGCCCUCGCCCCGCGCCCAGCAUGAUCAGGACAAGAUCGGCCACGGCACUUGCUGAAGGUACUCCUGUGAGACACAAUCGGCCGGCUGUCGAUCAACCACUGGUUCCGCCCAUCAAGCCUUUUGCUCGAGGAACAAGAGAGCGAAGCGGAAGUGAUGCGAGUAAUCAGAGCUACACUCCUGGUCUUGGCACGCCAGGGCUGAAGGAUGUGCUCAAGAUCCCCUCUUUGUCGUCGGAGCAUCACUUGGGCAUAUCUGAUCUGCUUCCUCCAUCGCCUUCGGCCAUGACGUACAGCCCAAGAAUAUUUGCACCGGGUUCCAGUCAAUUAGCAUCUUCAAGCACGGUGCCAUCAACUCCGGAGCAUGCGGUCAACCGUCCAGUCUUCACAGGCCUGUCUAAUACCCCAUUUUCACUCGGUCUGCCCAAGUCGGCUUCGCCUCCGCCAAUGCUCUCCGAGCCGUUGCAUUCACGCUCCCAUCGACCAACGACUUCUUUUGCAUCGAUUUCGACCCUGGGGCCUGUCAUUCGUCCGCUAGAUUUUGCGGCAGUUAUCGACAGCGAGAAUACACACGCUGAGCUGGGACGCGCGAUCGAUGAUCUCUCUCAAUGGCUCGCGAUUGUCGAAACGGGGCUCAGCACAAUGUUGGACCUAACUCCAUACGCAAGCACCAUUGCAGAAGAACAAGAAGGGCCUGCCACCGAGCUCGAAGAAAGUGAUCAAUGA